AAUCUUUGCACAAUACACACUUCAAUGUAUAUAAAAAUGAGAAAAAUUAAGCAAAACAAAACGCUGCAUGAACUGCGAACUGUUCAUCACAAAACAUAAAAAUAAUAAUAAUAACAAUAAUCAUAUAGAUAUUUAAAUAAACACAAUCACACAUUAUCUUUUUGUGGUGUUCACAAGUCCUUAAAAUGGAGUGCAAAUUUUUACUGCUUUGUAUUAUUCUGUCAAUCAACCAUGAGUUGUACCUUGUAAAUUUACAUCCAACCACUAGUAUAGAUGGUGGUAUUAUUCGUCAUCGAACUAAACGAUGGGCGCAUUAUGAAGUACAUAAAUGUGGUCGAAUAAAAGGCUACAGUUGUCUAGAACAUCGUCAUUGUUAUGAACGUUAUCUACGUCAUGAUAUGGUUUGCUUUGAAGUUUAUCCGUGCUUGAGUUCAUGUAUAUUCACUGCUCAGCUUCAAGACCCUGAAAAACUGAAUGAACAAAUCAGAAAACUAUUACUAGACGGUGUCUCAGUCAAUGAUCGUAAUGACUCAAUAAAUUAUGUACGUGAACAAACAAAAAAACUGGCAAAAGAAUUAAAUUUAACCUUACCAAUGUAAAAAAAAAUUCAGUUAAUUCAAGUUUAUCUAUUCAACCAAAGAGUCCUUCUGUAUCAUAAACCAUAGAGAAAAUGAAAUACCCAAAGGCAACAGCAACAUGACUUGUUUAUACUUUAUUUUCUAUUGUACAUUUAGCUCUAUUCAUUUUUUUAAAUGUGUGCAUUUUUGUGAUACUACCACUACUACUAACACUAAUGUUACUCGAACUUAUUCUACUAUUACUACUACUACUACUACUACUACUACUACUCCAACUUCUAUUGCUCACACUUCUGCUAACAAUACUACUCACACUACUACAAUGAAGACCUUCCGUUGUGGUAGUAAGUUGUACAAAUUACAAUUCCAAAUACUGUUCAUACUUGUACAUCUUUACUCUAAAAAAGGGUUGGCCAGGAAGUCAUUUAACUGUACAGUGUUGAUAAGAAAAAGCUGACAGAGAAGACAAAGAAGAUGAAGAAGACGACGUAGACGAAGAACAGGAAGAACGACAGCGAUGAGAUGAAAAUAAAGAUAUCUGUGAUAUUAUGUAUAUUUUCCUUCUAGAUACAAUGACCUAUGAUUAUGUAUGCAUAUUUUUGUAUUACUGAAUGUAUAUUUUCCUGUAAAUUAUGAUAUAUAUAUAUAUGUGAA